CGCGGCCAGUUGUUCUCACCCAACGGCAAACACGCCAUUCACAGCUCACCACUCAUUUUGCCUGACACUGGAAUACACCGGCCCUAGUCUACUAUCUCUACCCUCGUCCCACUGGUCAAGUUGCUCCGCUGCGGUGUCCGCGAAACUCCCGCCCUAACGUAGCCUUGCAAUAGCGGCGGCGGUCACAGUGUCUUGCUGUAAACGUGAACAACUCAUCCUCGGAGUGGUUCACUAUCAUCUAAAACGAUGCCCAAGCGGUCUUUCCAGUCUCCGCCGCCAGUUGUGGACAUGGACAUGCAGGAUACAUAUGAGGCCGCUAAAUGGCAUGCGGUCUGGCGUAAAGAGUUUGGCGAAGAGAGUGACGACGGCGAGUACGACUGUGACGCAAUGGAUACAGUCCCAGAGGAGGAGUACGAUGUUGAUGCGCAGAUUGAGCACGCUGUGCAUUCUGCUGCUAUCAAUCUCGCAAAUCAUUACAAGUGUCUCCUUGACGAUCCCCAAGAGUCCACCCGUGCGCAGGCCUUAGACCCAAGGACUCUGCUCAGGCUGCUAACAGCUGAGAGAACACGCAAUCGUGCCAUAGAUGAGACAAUUUCCACCUUGAAAAGUAGUACACUUGCCCAGGAGAGAUGGUCUGACGCAUCGUACUGGGGCACGCAAGCAAAACUGGAACUCUCGUUUACACUCGAGGUAAACAAUGGUGCCGCCGAACGACCCAAUGUGCUGCUGCGUACACUGCCUGUGAGGACCAGGAUCUAUAAAAGUGGUCUAAGACGCAAUGUGGCCAAUGCGUUCAUGCUCGCCAGCAGCGAGUCCGAGGACGGGUCCAUGGCAAAAUGCUCAAGAUCGAGCCUCUGAGGUUUUGCAGUACAGCGCAGAUGAAGGCUGAUGGCCUCACAGAUUUACGUACAAAAGGACAAAGGAAAUCUGGUUUCCAGUGAUCGGCCACUCGCCGAGUCCGAGUUCUUCCCUUUCGGCAGCCUUGGCAUGGAUAUCAAGAUGUCCCUCGAACGAAUUGUCUGUUCAGUCGUCAAAGAUGUAUGUUGGUUUCCAUGUGUAGAAGCUGCCCAAUGGCGAAAGCGAGCUUCCCGUAUCCACCUAACUGCGCCUGUCUUUGCUAUAUACGCAAUAGCACUGCAUACUGCUGAUGAGCUUUCACCAGCCUAUGUGACGAGCAUGCACCGCAAGACCGGCCGACGACCCUUUAGUAUGUGCUACAGGACCUAGCGGGAACUACCCUA